AUGCUUGGCCUGGAAGAGCACAUCCGUGAUCAUGAUUUGCCGAGCACGAACCCGGACUCUGAUGACCAGACUCAUGCUCGUGAAGCCUGUGGAAUGUACAAGACUAGCAAAUCUCGUUUGUUCAGCGAGUUGCUAUCAAAGACAAACUUAAAAAGCAGUCUGCUAGAGAGGUCCGCCCAGUUUGGGUACUGCCCAGCUUGGGUACUGCCCAGUUUGGGUACUGCCCAAUUUGGGUACUACCCGAUUUGGGUCCAGCCCAAUUUGGGCACAAUGAGAGAUAGAUCACGUAUGAGGGAGAUAAUUAGGAUAUCUAGACUACCGACGGUAUCGAUUAUCGAUCUCAGACAUCGCGCCAUGAUGCCCACGAGCAGUGCCAACCCACAACUGGGUUGCUCAUGUAGGAGAAGUAUGGAAGUGCAGAAGAAGUGGGAGGGACUUGAAGAUUCAGCAAUGCAGAUUAUCCAAGGACAUACCACUGAAUCAACGGAAAGGGAGUAG